GUGUGGAUGUGACGUCAUCGGCCUAUCUGUGUUUCGUGCCGUAUCACCUGCACGCGACCCAAUGACGCGGAGCGAGCACCUGAUGACGUCCCCGGCCACCUUGUUCCUGUUUGGCUCGAGGUGCUAGCCGUCGUCGCUAGCAGUCACCAAAGUGGCGACAGAAAUGUGGGCAUCGUGUUGUCAUUGGCCGUGCUCGGACUCGGCGGAUAGCGAGGCCGGCGGAGCCGACCCGCACCCUCGCUCCUACACCAAUUCUGCCUUCAGCGGCCAGCCGCCCCCGCCCCGUGAACAGCAACAACACGUCUGUAAAGCUUGCGGGCGCCGCCUGGACACGCCCACCACCAAGCACGUGUGCGCCGACUGCAAAGAGAACUACUGCGGCCGCUGCUCCGCCCAGUCGGAGCCCCGCCCUCGCCUGUGUCACACCUGCCGGCGUUUCUACGGCAACCUGCUGCAACGCGCCGAGCUGAUGAAGCUCAAAGUCAAAGAGCUGCGAGACUACCUGCACCUGCACCACGUGGCCACGCACCUCUGUCGGGAGAAGGAGGAGCUGGUGGAACUGAUCCUGAGUCAGCAGUCCUUGCCCUCCGAAAGCCCCGAGCGUGAUCCAGCCGUGGCCUCUCCAUCGCCAGACACCCAACGGAGCCCCGGGCUCGACCUCCCCGACCGGACCCCGGCGGACCGGGCCCCGGCGGACCGGGCCCCGGCGGACCGGACCCCGGCGGACGGGACUCCUGCGAGCGCCUCCGAAGAUGCCGAUUCCUUGGAGCGGGACGGGGACCAGGAUCAGGGUCUCUCGCUGGCUGGCUGGCUCGCUGGCUGGCUCUCUCCUUCAGGAAUGGGACUUCGAGGACCCCGAGGACGUCCAGGACGCGGCCGGCCGCCGGGCGUCGCUCUCGGACUUGGCGAGCGAAGACCAGGUGGAAUCUCUGAGUGUGCGGCAGCUGAAGGAAAUUCUGGCCAGGAACUUUGUCAACUUCAAAGGCUGCUGCGAGAAGUGGGAGCUGAUGGAGAGAGUGGCCAGACUCUACCGGGACCAUCACGCCAACAGCGACGAGGGCGGCGGUCCCACGGGGUCCGACCAGAACCUGUGUCGCAUCUGCAUGGACGCGGCCAUCGACUGCGUCCUGCUGGAGUGCGGCCACAUGAUCACGUGCAGCAAGUGCGGCAAGCGGAUGAGCGAGUGUCCCAUCUGCCGCCAGUUUGUCAUCAGAGCCGUCCACGUCUUCAGAUCCUGACGCAGGUACCGCACGAGCGCGGGUCAGGCGCUCUUACUUCCAAGGAGCCGUCGAGCUCGCCGACCGAUCGCUGGGCUUUACGUGUCGUGGGGGCAAAAUGCAGAGCUGACCUUGACGCACGCGCUGGACAAUGUGGCGGCACUCUCUUUAGUGUGAUUGGGAGGAUCAAAUCUUGGUGUGUUUUCCUUUUUUUUUUUUCUACCCGGCUUCACGUGUAAAAAGACAUUUCUUCUGCAAAUCAAAAAUUUGACAUUAAAAACCUUUGUCUCGUGGGGACACAAA